AUGCGCCAUCCGAUGGUGUUGAAUUUCAUCAACGAACGUCUUCUUGAUUGUGCUUUCUUCUAUACUCUCCAUAUUCUAGCCUUUGGUGUGUUUCUGUUGUUGCUGUCAUCGCAUAUUUUUUCAAGCACAGUGGCUAAAGACAUCGCGGUCACAGCUUUCAUAGCGUUAUUCCUUUUCUUCAUGCUUCUUAAAGGAGCAAUAAAAGCUCGUAUUCACACUCGAUCUCAUUCUGAAAGUUGUCCUUUGGUUUUUCCUAUUGUGGCCAUCAUUUCCGCAUGGGUAAAUUUCCUCUACAUACUAAGGAAAUCCCCUUACGGCAUCUACAUAUUUAUGAUGGUCCGCAUACUGCGUUCGUUUGGACACAUCGCCACCAUCUGGAUUCCCACGUUAGUCGCGUUCUCGUUUGCGUUCCAUCUGAUCAUGAGAGAUUCGGGCACUGAGCCAUGGGAGAGCCUGAAGACUGAUGACAACGCCACGGUACUGGAGAAACUGUUCAUCAUACUUCAAGCGAUCACCAAAACAUCAACUAUGAUGAUCGGCGAGGUGGAUGCAAAUGACAUUCUU